AUGGGGAACAACAGUGAAGAUAUAGCUAUUGUUGGAAUAGGAUGUAACUUUCCUGGAGGAGAAGGCAUUGAUAAUUUCUGGAAAGUCCUUCUUGAGGGAAAAAACUGUGUGGAUGAUAUUCCAGCAAAUCGCUUCGAUACAAAGUUCUGGCAUGACACUGAUGACAACAAAGCAGGAAAAAUGAUCACAAAACGAGCAAGUUUAAUUGAAGGGUUUAAUGAGUUUGAUCACAAGCUCUUUAACAUAAGUCAAACAGAGGCCAAUAGUAUGGACCCACAGCAGAAACUUCUGUUGGAGUGCACGUACAAAGUGUUUGAGAAUGCAGGGAUGCCCAUGGAAAACAUCAGUGGGAGUAAAACAGGUGUUUUUAUUGGUCUCAUGAAUCGUGAUUUUGAGGGGAUUUCAAACAGUGCCGCUAACAAAAUCACCCAUUAUAACGGGACAGGGUCAGCAAUGAGUAUUGCGGCAAAUAGGAUUUCUUUUGCUUUCAACCUUACUGGACCAUCACUGGCUAUUGAUACAGCGUGCUCCUCAUCACUUGUUGCUUUACAUUAUGCUGCUCAGGCCAUCAAGCAAGGUGAUUGUGAGAUGGCAGUUUGUGGGGGUGUGAGCUGUAUUAUUGAGCCGAGAAUCAAUGUAGCACUCAGCAAAGCAAAAAUGAUAUCUCCAGAUGGAAUGAGCAAACCAUUUUCCAACAAAGCCAAUGGGUACGGAAGAGGCGAAGGUUGUGGCAUUUUGCUGUUAAAGCCGCUCGCAAAGGCUCAGAAGGACCACGACCAUAUUUGGGGUGUAAUAGUCCGUAGUGCAAUCAAUCAGGAUGGCAGAGCAGUCACACCUAUCACCAGACCCUCUCAAAAGCAGCAAGAAGAGUUACUGAGGGGUAUUUACCACAGAAGUGUUGACCCUUCACAGAUUCAAUACGUGGAGGCUCAUGGAACCGGAACACCAGCUGGUGAUCCGACUGAAGCAGCCAGCAUAUCAAGUGUUAUUGCACAAUCCAGACACUCAGAUUUCCCUCCACUUACAAUGGGGUCAGUCAAAGGAAACAUUGGUCACACAGAAUCAGCCGCAGGAGCUGCAGGUUUAAUUAAAGUUCUCCUCAUGAUGCAUCAUGGAAAGAUUGUACCAUCACUCCACUACUCCAAGGAGAACUCGAGCAUCAAUACAAAAGAUCUGAACCUACAUAUUCCAACUAGUGUGGUGAACUGGGAAGGAAACGGGGAGAAAGGGAAGAUGGCAGGGAUCAACUCAUUUGGAUUUGGAGGGACAAAUGCUCAUGUAGUUGUAAGGCAUUUCAAGCAAGAUUCUGGUCAAAACUCUGUACAAAGACCAUUUGAAAUAUUUGUGCUUUCCGCAGUCUCCCAGAAUUCAGUGAGAAUGAUGAUAAAGGAUACAAGUAACCAAAUAAGGGAAAGUGAAGAUGUAAUUCUUCACAACCUGGCGUACACAUCUGCAUGUAGAAGAAGCCAUAGGAAUUACAGAUACAGGAAAGCAUUUAUUGCUUCUUCCCUUGGGCAUCUCCAACAGCAGCUUAGAUCAGCUGUAGAUAGUGAAGUGGCUCAGACCAAAGCUGAUGUUAAAUUGAUAUUUGUGUUUUGUGGCAACGGUGUUUUAUAUCAAGGUAUGUGCAAACAGCUUCUACAAAUAGAACCGAGGUUCAGGGCACAGAUCAAUGAGAUAGACAGGAUGCUCCAACAAUACACAGACAUCAGCAUAAUGGAGUUAAUAGAGAAUGACUGUGAUGACUUCACAAAACCAGACGUAGCACAGCCAAUACUCUUUGGCAUCCAAGUAGCAAUAGUGACUCUUCUGAAGUUUUGGAGAAUUGAGCCUGACAUUGUCAUUGGACACUCAGUUGGAGAAGUAGCUGCAGUAUAUUGUGCUGGAAUACUUUCAUUACAAGAUGCUGUAAAGGUGCUUUACCACAGAAGUGCUUUACAAUCAACAGUAACAGGAGGGAAAAUGUUGGUGGUUAGUAAUUUGCCUGUGAAAAAAGUGUCAGAUAAGCUUGAUUCCUAUUCAGGGAGACUCUGCAUUGCUGCAUUCAAUAGUCCCUCGUCAUGCACAGUGUCAGGAGAUGCCGAUGCGAUAGACAGACUGCAUACAGAAUUACACAGUUCAUUUGGUGACAAAAAUGUAUUCCUUCACCUUCUGGAUGUCCCUGCAGCAUAUCACAGUCAUUUGAUGAAACCAAUUUUAAACCAAGUGGAAGAGAGUAUCAGUAAUUUACAGAAACAUGAAACAAAAAUUAAAGUCAUUUCCACUGUCACUGGACAGUUGGUUGCAGGAGAUGACUGUGUGACAGGGAAGUAUUGGUCCAGAAACAUAGAAAAACCUGUUCUUUUUGAACAAGCCAUUAGAGCUGCUAUUGCGGAGGUAAAAGAUGCUGUGUUUAUUGAAAUAGGACCUCGAAGGGCCUUACAGAGAUACAUCAAAGACAUUGUAGGAAAUGGGGCUCAGGUUUUCCCUGCAGUGCAGCCACAAAGAGAUUAUGAAACCCUGCUUUCAGUUUUGUCAGGGCUUUUCCAAAUGGGAUACAAUCCUAAUUGGCAAAAUAUCUUUGAGAAAUGUGAGAUGGUUCCAACAUUGUAUCCGUGUUAUAAGUUUGAUCGUUCUAAGCUUAGCAUUGACUUUGAAGAUUUUAGGCAUGGUGACAAAGAAGUGUCAUCUAUAGCUCAUCCUCUUCUCAGUAGUUCCAACAAAGAUGGCAAGGAGUAUGACUACAAACUCACACUAACAAAAGCACCAUACCUGUUGGAGCACAGGAACAAUGGAGUGCCAAUAUUACCUGGCUCCAUGCACGUUGAGCUUGCCUUAGCAUCUACCUUGGCAAGUAUUAAACCAAAGAUACCCCUCAGGUUGUGCCAAAUGAGUAUUUCUUUCCUGAAUCCCUGUAUUGUGCAGCCAAACUCAACAGAGCUCAAGGUCCAACUUAACAGGGAAGACAAAGUGACUGAAUUUUCUGUUGUGGCAUCAACUGUUUCUUACGCAAAAGGAGAAGUUCAACAAAACGUGGAGUACGUGAUUGAAGAAAAUGUUCUUUCAGUUGAGCAGAUUUUGCAAAGAGACUAUAUAAGAAUUGAGACAGAAAAUAUUUAUGAAUCUAUUUCUAAAUUAGGUUUCCAGUAUAGUUCAGUCUUCAGAAACCUUGGAGAUGUGUUCUACUCAGAUGAACUACAGGAAGCUAUAACAUAUGUUAAAGUACCAGAUGAACUUGUCCCACAGAUGCACGAGUUUUGCAUUCAUCCGGUUAUCUUAGAUUACUACAUGCAAACGGCUGCUGUUCUGGCAAUGAAAAUGUCAAAUCUGAGGGCUGGGUUUCCAACUUCCAUUGGGAGUUUGGUGGUAUGUCAACCAAUGCAACAGGAAAUGAUAAUAUACAUGAGGACCUGUAAAAAUACUGUGGAAUUUUAUGAAGUUUCUGGGGCAUUUACAGAUAGAAAGGGUACAGUAAUUGCUGAAUUAAAAAAUGUCAGAAUUACAUUUCUUGGGCAAGGCAAUUCCACAGGAUUUAAUGAUAUUUCCUAUGAAAACUCCUGGGAGCAAAUUGAUCAGCUUGCCAAAGAAGUAGAUAUUCGUUCUACACCAAGAUCAUUAGUAUUUGCCGAUAACAUUGGGAUUGCUAAAGGUCUGCAAAAGCACCUGCAUAAGCAGUCCUUUUAUGUUCCUUACCAGGAUCCAGAGACCUUGAUGGAUAGAGAAGUCACACAGAUUUUGCGACAGUACAAUGUGACUGAUUUGAACAGCUUUGAUGAAGUGUUGUUCUUGUGGGGCAUGAAAAACAUAACUAACCAGAACAGUAAAGCAGUAGUGGAACAUGUUAGCAGUUGCUGUGAGGUCUAUCGGCAAAUAAUUCUACUGGUCCAAGGAAAAAAAUCCUCAAAGUCUGUUAGAACCAUCACCUACAGGACAUCUGAAAAUGCAGUGGAUCAAAUCACUGCAGGUUUUGCCUUAUGGGGAAUGACCAGAACAUGCCUUGUAGAACUUCAAGAGAUUGCUUUUCAGCUGAUAGACAUUGGCUCUGCUAAUGAGGCAGAUAUUGCAGUUUUAGCUAAUGUAAUCAGCCUGCCUCAUAAUUACCCUGAAGUAAUGAUUCGACUAGGAAAGGUACAUGUUUCAUGUGUCAAACGAGCAACUUCUAUAAAUUUGAACAGUAUUUUCAGCAUUGUACCUUACACUGGUUAUGAAAAUGUAGUAUUCCAGACAACAAAUCCUUACAAAGUUGUAGAUCUUCAUGCAAAGCCGCAAGAAUGGAAAAUGACGGAAUCUGUAAAACAAACAGUUUAUGUUAAAAUUGAUGCAAUGUGCAUUCAUUCUUCAGAUUAUUUUCCAGUCAGUGUCUCUGCUGUGAACUUUGGACAGACGUUGUACUGGAACACAACUGUAACUAAAGGACAUGAGCUAAUUGCUCUGGACUUCAGUGGUACGGUCACAGCAGUCAGCAAAGAUGUGAAGUCCUGCAAAGUAGGAGAUCAUGUUGUUAUGUGCUACCCCGUUGCUGCAUUUUCAACAGUGAGUCUUCCUGCAUCCGUUUGUUUCCAAAGCAGCAACAUUCCAUUUCUGAAGCAGACACCCUGUGUCUCAUACUUCAUACUUGCCUGGGAAAUACUCAAUAACAUUUUACCUUCUCCUAAGCAUCACAAGUGCUUGUCAAUUCUCUCCUCCAUCCCAGAAUCUUGUCUCAGUAAAGUGCUGUCUCUGACAGCUGAGUCAUUGGGCUGGAAAGUAAAGGUUCAAACAGAACCUAGUGACUUUUCACAAACAUAUCCUCAUUCCGAUGCAUUGCUUUUCCUGCCACCUGUUAAAGCAGAUCUAGUCACAAGGAUUGUUAACAACUCUUCUGCUGGCUAUGUUGUUGUUCUCUUUGACAACAACCAGGCAUUUGAAACUUGUCAGAACAUACUUGGUUAUGAAAAGGAAAAUGUCCAAAUUCAUUUCUUGAAGGUAGCUAACAUACUGAAAAAGUGUUAUCUGAAAAAAUCUGCUGAUGAUGUUUAUAAGUGGAUGAGAUUGUUGCGGUUACAGAGGAAACGGCUUGAUUUUCCAAGGAUUAGUUUUCACUCAGUGACCUGUGCUGUAGGUGAACGUGGGGAAGACUCCUACUUCACCUGCAAAGCUGUCUCAGUUGUGGAUCUGAAUACAAAUGAUAAGAUUUCAGAGAUACCCGUGUACCACAGUCAUAAACAACUUUUUCAUAGGGAUGCAGCAUAUAUCGUGACAGGGGGACUUUCAGGACUUGGCUUUGAGACAGUAAAUUUUAUUGCUAAACAUGGGGGAGGAUAUGUCAUUAUUUUGUCACGAAGCAUUCCAACUACUGAAAAGCAAGAAGAAUUUAAAGAACUCUGGAAACAAUUUGGGACAACUGUACUUAGCAUUACCUGUGAUAUCUCAGACUUGUCAAAUGUUGAGUUAGCUAUCAAUCGUUUCCUUCAUUCCUUCCCAAAGAUCCCAAUUAAAGGAGUGUUUCACAGUGCUGUUGUAUUACAUGAUGCCCUCAUGCCAGCUCUAAAUAAAUCAUUGUUCGAUAAAGUGUUGGGUCCAAAGAUUGCAGGAGUUCUGAAUCUUCACAAUACAACAAAAUCCUUCCCACUGGAUUAUUUUGUCUGCUACUCAUCAAUUGCAUCAUUCAUUGGGAAUUCUGCCCAGGCAAACUAUUCUGCAGCAAACUCUUUUCUUGACAUUUUUGUGCAUUACAGGAGAAAUCAGGGACUGGUAGGGCAGUCUAUCAACUGGGGUGCACUGAACCUUGGCCUAUUACUCAAUAAGGAUAGCAUCCAAAGAUUUCUGGAAUCAAAGGGGAUAAUGAUUUUGGAGAUUUCAGAAAUUAACCAAUGCCUUGAACAGUCCCUCGUACAAAACAAUCCACAGCUUGCUCUCUGUAAAUUUAAUUUCUCUGGUUUGCAUGCUAAUGUUGUUUCUCAAAUUCCAGCUAUGAAAGCACGACUUUAUUCCCUUGUGAAAGAUGAAAUCAGUAAAUCACAAAUCAAUCCAAUGGCAGAAUUACCCAAUAAUUCACAAAAGACUCCCGAGGAGUAUGUUAUUGAAUUGUUGAGUGAAGUCAGCAAUGCUGAUCCUACAGAGUUCACUAAAGAAACUUACCUUUCCAGCUUUGGUCUUGAUUCCAUGCUGAGUAUGACAGUGCAAAAUCGUAUUUAUCAGGAAAAAAAUAUUAAUUUGCCAUUAGUGACAUUUCUUGAUCCAAAAACAACUGUAGGUACUGUCAUGACUUUGCUUGAAGAGCAGAGGUCUAGCUAGUCUGUGUGUGUAGAAACUAAUCUCAUAUGCACAAACAAAAAUGUGUUAACCUGAUGUAUUAAGACAAUUAUCAAUGAAUCACUGAUGACCAA